CUUAAUUUCAAUCACAUCACAAACAACUAUCCUCUCAUUCCUAAUACAAAACACUCUCUAGUCUUCAAUUGAGUUGUUUUCCCUUCUCUUAGAUCAAUCUUAUCUUUAAAAUUUUAGGGUUUUCUCCGGACUCGAGCGAAUUCUCGAGAUCAGAAUCAAAUCGUAUAUUGCAAUAUAUAAUUAAUAUAUAAUUAUAUACUUUAAAAAAUACUCCAAAACUUCAUAUUUAUACAUUUAGAUGGAUCGAGUAUCGAAAUUGGCGUCGCAAAAGGCGGUGGUGAUCUUUAGCAAGAGUUCAUGUGGGAUGAGCCAUGCAAUCAAGAGGCUAUUUUAUGAGCAAGGGGUUGGUCCAGCAAUCUAUGAGCUAGAUGAAGAUAAAAGAGGAAAGGAAAUGGAAUGGGCUCUCAUAAGAUUAGGAUGUAACCCUAGUGUUCCGGCAGUGUUCAUUGGUGGCAAGUUUGUUGGUUCAGCCAACAUAGUCAUGACCCUUCAUCUCAAUGGAUCACUCAAGAAAAUGCUUAGAGAUGCUGGUGCUCUUUGGCUUUAGGCAAAUACAUAUCAUGGAAGCUCAUAUUCUAGUGCAAAUGCAAACAUCCAAAAAUGGCCUUUUUUUUAUAAUAUAAUUAACCAACCCCUCUAUUUUUGUGAGACAUUGAGGCUUUAACAAUAUGCAUUGUAUUAGAAUAAUCUUGGUUACUUUCAAUAUAAUUUUGAUUUCUAUAA